UCAGUACGUUCCUCGCGAAUGUUCUUCGCAUUCUGAAUGGCGUGCAGUUACUUCAUCCAAUGUGCUUCGAAUAACAAUUACCAUUUACGGAGUACAGGUCGCAUGCGAAAUAAAAGUAGCUUAGACAACGGUACGUUCACAUUUUAUACACGUAUAUCCGAAAAUGUAGCGUUCAUAGAAAUAAUUGAAUGUUCAAUGGUUAAUCAAUAUUUCAAUUGAGAACAGAGGGACGCGGUUGGAGAAUCGAAGAAAUUCACGGAAAAGUUUAUUUUAAGUAUGUAAAGGUUUCAGGGAAAGGGGGAAACUCGCUCACGCGAAACCAGCGCUCACGGUAUUGUAGAGUAAGCGAAUAUACAUAUCCAUAGAAUAUGUUCGGUAUGGUGUUGCGAUUCCUGUCAGUUGGUCGCUGUGUAGCAUCGCACGCGCUGUACAGAAGCGUUGCAGGGUGGGUUCGUUAAUCUGUGUAAAGAUAACGUUUUCAAUUAGACAGUUGACAGUAUGAUUCUAACAGGAUCCUUGUGGUUUGACAACAAAGUGGUGUACUUCAAUCUUCGUGGCAUUGGACAACGAUCAUCUUUUCAGUGAAUCAUUGCUACGGAAUCUUUUUUAGGGGUGAAUUAUUGAAGAAUUCUAUCAGUAUCCCUCAGGUACCGGGUGGGGUAAAUAAAAUCUACACUAAAUACGAAGUACAGAGUUACGUUUUGUAAAUCUUACGGUAUCGUUUGAUAAUAACGAACCGUACAGUUGAUCUACAUUUGGAUGGUUAUAUAAGAAUAUGUGUCGAAGUUUUGUCCGACGAAAGUUGACUCAGUCACCAGAGACGAGAUAAGUAGAGUGCAAGAAGCCAUUGUGAAUUCAGGUGAAUGAGGGUUUAGAUCAAUAAACCUUUGUUCCGAGCGGUGCCAUUUCAACGGUGCCAUUGUCUGUAAACAAAAAAACCGCUAUUAGUUAUCGUCUGAUAAUUGUUGCAGUUAUAUUGUUAAAUUGUUCGCGUUCUAUAGCAGUACGUACGCAUCCGUAACCUAUGACGCUAUGAAGUAUGCAGACCUUAACUACAGAAGCAAUCGGUUGCAUCGGAAAGUGUACUUCCGGUCUGAGCCGCAAAGAAUUAGAUCGCAUCACAGAUAAUAUACAAAGAACUCUGUCCCAUCCGCGAGGCAAACAAAUUUUCACAAAGUACUUGGAGAAACGAGAUUUAAAGAACGAGAUUGAAUGCUUGAACUUAUACGAGACCUGCUGCGGGUUUAUAGAUGAAUUGGGGAAGGAACCACCGCUAGAAGUAUUAAAAGCCCGCAUCCAGGCAGUGAAAAAUAUGGCAGAGGAAUUGGACGGUGUUACUGAAAUAGAUAGGGCUCUUCUGGAGAGUCUCGUUGAAGCUAUAAAUAGUGAGUCGAGCCUUGCAUCGUUAGCUGUUCUAAAGGACACCAGAGAUCGGUGUCGAGAUCAUUUGAAGAAAAUCCAUAGGAGUUUCAAGAAAUACGUGUCAGAGCCGUGUCCACUGAGAAAAUGAUCAACGAGUGAAUAUUUGUAACUAGCAUUCCUUCGCGCAUUGACCGAUUCUUGGUCUCAGAGUUGUAUUUUAUUGAGGAAAACUGUAAGCCGAAUGUUCUGUACGCUAUUCACGUGUGAUGCUGAUCUCUACUAUAUCAUCGGCUCCUGUAUACAUAUUUAUUUAACUAUUUCGGUACGAGCGCGCUGUCCGCCGUGACACUACCACUAUACAGGGUGCUGCGACGAAAAUGCGCGCACAGCACAGGGUCUCUCUCUCAGUCCACUUUUGUACGAAAAUUUUCAUAAGCUUUAAGUAAU